AUGACACCUGGAGAACUAGCCCUUGCCAGUGGCAACCACACCCCAGUCACCAAGUUCAUCUUACAGGGAUUCUCCAAUUAUCCAGACCUCCAGGAGCUUCUCUUCGGAGCCAUCCUGCUCAUCUAUGCCAUAACAGUGGUGGGCAACUUGGGAAUGAUGGCACUCAUCUUCACAGACUCCCAUCUCCAAAGCCCAAUGUAUUUCUUCCUCAAUGUCCUCUCGUUUCUUGAUAUUUGUUACUCUUCUGUGGUCACACCUAAGCUCUUGGUCAACUUCCUGGUCUCUGACAAGUCCAUCUCUUUUGAGGGCUGUGUGGUCCAGCUCGCCUUCUUUGUAGUGCAUGUGACAGCUGAGAGCUUCCUGCUGGCCUCCAUGGCCUAUGACCGCUUCCUAGCCAUCUGUCAACCCCUCCAUUAUGGUUCUAUCAUGACCAGGGGGACCUGUCUCCAGCUGGUAGCUGCGUCCUAUGCAUUUGGUGGAGCCAACUCCGCUAUCCAGACUGGAAAUGUCUUUGCCCUGCCUUUCUGUGGGCCCAACCAGCUAACACACUACUACUGUGACAUACCACCCCUUCUCCACCUGGCUUGUGCCAACACAGCCACAGCAAGAGUGGUCCUCUAUGUCUUUUCUGCUCUGGUCACCCUUCUGCCUGCUGCAAUCAUUCUCACCUCCUACUGCUUGGUCUUGGUGGCCAUUGGGAGGAUGCGCUCAGUAGCAGGGAGGGAGAAGGCCCUCUCCACUUGUGCCUCCCACUUUCUGGCCAUUGCCAUUUUCUAUGGCACCGUGGUUUUCACCUAUGUUCAGCCCCAUGGAUCUACUAACAAUACCAAUGGCCAAGUAGUGUCUGUCUUCUACACCAUCAUAAUUCCCAUGCUCAAUCCCUUCAUCUAUAGCCUCCGCAACAAGGAGGUGAAGGGCGCUCUGCAGAGGAAGCUUCAGAUCAACAUCUUUCCCGGCUGA